AUGAAGUUGUCCACCAGUCUAAUUGCUCUUGGCAUGGCCGCAGCUACUGCUGCCAUGCCUCAGCCGCGGGUUGAGAAGCCAGUGGGCAAAUGGUUUGACCGCUAUGUUGUGAUCGUUUUUGAGAACAACAACAAGGAUGUUACCUUCGGGCAUCCGUACUGGUACAACCUCACUGAAAUGGGCAUGGUGCUGGGCGACUUCCACGGCACUACCCAUCCUUCGCAGCCUAACUACAUCACCAUGAUUUCCAACACUAUCGCGGGUGGUGUGUUCGAUGACGCUGACCACAACACCACCCAAAUGAGUCUGAUUGAUCUUUUUGAGCCCGCCGGUAUUACCUGGAAGGCAUAUAUGGAGGGCUACACUCCCCUUUCCGAUGGUGGUUGCAACCCCAUCAGCGAGGACGAUGAGACUCUCUAUGUCCGCAAGCACAACCCCUUCAUGUCUUUUGACAACAUCCGAAACAACACCAAGCGCUGCCGCAAUAUUGUAAAUGCCGAGCAACACUUUGUGAACGACGUUGCUCUGGGUGCCGAUGCCCCGAUGUACAUGUUCAUUACGCCCAAUUUGGACAACGACGCUCACAACACCAACGUCUCUUACGCUGCGCCAGCUCUGCAGCACUACGUUGACACCAUGUUGAACAACGCGGAUUUUAUGAAGAACACUAUGAUCCUCAUUACGUUCGACGAGAACGACAUCUACUCCCCCAAGUACUUCGGUACCGACAACAACAUCUACUCAGUCCUUCUGGGUAACGACACCCUUCAGUGCUACAACUGCAACGAUCAGCAGUACUACAACCACUUCUCCCAGGUCGUCACUAUUGAGCAAAACUGGGGCCUGGACUUCAUUCCCCAGCCCGAUGGAAGCGAUGAGGGCUGGGAUCAGUGGUGGUUGCCCUUCGGCCUCCUUCGCAACGACGGCCAGGAUAUCUGCGAGUCUUCUCCUUGCGAUUUCUUCAACUAG